AUGGAGGUGAAUAACGUGGCCGUCAUGCGAAGACGUAAUGAUUCUUGGCUAAACGCCACCCAAAUCCUCAAAGUCGCCGGCGUCGACAAAGGCAAACGAACCAAGAUUCUCGAAAAGGAGAUACAAACAGGCGAGCACGAAAAGGUCCAAGGCGGCUAUGGCAAAUACCAGGGCACGUGGAUCAAGUUUGAACGAGGCGUUGAGGUGUGCCGGCAGUAUGGCGUAGAGGAACUUCUGCGACCCCUUCUGACGUACGACAUGGGACAGGACGGCGGUGUUGCCGGCAGGGGCGAUUUCAACACUCCCACCAAGGAGCAGGCCAUGGCGGCCCAGAGAAAGCGCUUGUACAACUCGGGCGUAGAUGCCAGACCAAACGGCAUGUCUGGUACCUUUUUCAAAAACAUCUCUAGUACUGCCUCUCAUGCUGUUGCGGCCAUCAGCAAGGCUCGCUUCGAUUCUCCGGGGCCGAGAAGUCGAAACGGCCCUACCCGAGCUCCCAGCUUCAGCCGGCAGCCCUCGAUGCCGAACGGCGAUGAGUUCCCUGGAAACUCGCAACAGAGCUACACCUCCGACUAUGUUCCACAAGUAGAUUCGGCAUACUCUACGCAACAAGCAGCCGCCAUGUCUGGCAUGCCCGAGCAUGAGCCUCCCCGCAAACGCCAGCGGCUAACAAUGACGCCAGUCGACAGCUUCGGCGGAUACGGCCAGAAUAUGGACAUCUAUGCGACCGCCUAUCCAGGGUCGCCCACCGAACCCAAUGAGUCUUUCAUGUACGCUCAAAGUGCAAUCAAGGAUGGUGUCGCUGCUGGCGGUGACGGCAACGGGCCCUUGCCUCCAUUGCCAUAUGAGAUGUCCCCCGAUGUGGAAAUGAAGCGCAACACCUUGAUGGGCUUAUUCAUGGACUCAUCGCCUAAUGACACCUCAAAGCACGACUUACUCCGAACACUCAGUCCAGCCGAGCUUGACAUGCCCAUCGACCCCCAGAGUCACACUGCACUUCACUGGGCGGCCACACUGGCUCGGAUGCCACUUCUUCGUGCCCUGAUCGCAGCCGGCGCAUCUCCAUGCCGGGUCAAUGCAUCUGGUGAAACCGCCUUGAUGAGGGCUUGUCUGGUUACUAAUUCCAUGGACCAGGGCUCGUUCCCCGACCUCUUGGAGGUUCUGGGAGGCACCAUUGAGUCUCGAGAUCACAAAGGUCGUACAGUGCUGCAUCACAUUGCUGUGACCAGCGCCGUCAAGGGUCGUAACGCUGCUAGUCGAUAUUAUCUGGAGAGCCUUUUGGAAUGGGUUGUUCGACAGGGUAGCGUCCCAAGCAGCCAGGCCAACGGAAACGUUCCCAGCAGCUCGCAGUCUACCAUUCCCAAGAUGGGAAUUGCUCGUUUUAUGAGUGAAAUCGUCAAUGCCCAGGACAGCUCAGGUGACACGGCCUUGAACAUCGCGGCCAGAAUUGGCAACCGAAGCAUCAUCUCUCAGCUCCUGGAGGUUGGUGCCGACCCCAACGUUGCCAAUCGAGUCGGUCUGCGACCUCUUGAUUUCGGCAUUGGCGGUGACAACGCGGAGGAAAAGACCAACAACGAAGUGCCAGCGGAGAAGAACGGCGCCGCCGGAUCGAGCCAAAGGACGCGAGAGAGCAGUGAUGAGAUUAUUGCGUCCAUUACCCACCUCCUCGGCGAGACGGGAACAGCUUUCCAGCAGGAAAUGAAGUCUAAGCAAGUCUCAUUGGACGCCAUGCACGCGACGCUGCGCACCACGUCGACCCAGCUCGGUGACGCGCGCCGCAAUCUUGAACAUCUGACGUCCACGGUCAAGAAGCAGCAGCUUGCUCGACAGAAGGUGUCCAACCUCGCACAUGCUCGUGAAGACGAGCAGCUCCGCCUGAUGAACGAACAACAGCGCUCAUCACAGCCCAACCCCUCGGCGUCGUGGGAGACCGAGUUGUCAGCCAUGCUCGAAGCAGCCGAGGAAUCCGCCAACACCGCCGGCUUCGGCAGCGAGGGCAUGCUCCCAACGGCGUCCAUGCUGCGAUCACGCAUCCGCGCCAUGGAAGCCCGCCGCGAAGUCACCCGCAAAAUGGUGUCCGCUCUCAAAGGCCGCAGCCGCGACGUCGAAGUCAAGUACCGCCGUGUCGUGGCCCUCUGUACGGGUGUCCAAGAGGGAGACGUCGACGCCGUGGUGGACAACCUCCUCAAGGCCGUCGAGAGCGAGCGCGACGAGCUGGACAUUGGCCGUGUGCGCAGAUUCCUGGGCGGCGCUGAAGCUGUGGUGCAUUAG